AUGAUACCGGAUGCGGCAGCUAUGAUGCCGGAUUUAACUCAUCUCAGCGCCGAAGAAAGGGCCAUAAUCGAGGAAGUCUUUCAACGACAGCGCGCCGAAGAGGAAAAGGAGCAAGAAAUUGCGCAGUAAGUGACUACAACCACUGUUUACGGCUAGACAUUCCUCAGUAAAAUAGUCGUAAACAGUAAAAUUACUGUAAAAAACAAUUGUUUUCUUCAGGAAAGCCGAUAAAGAACUCGAGGACAUCGAGAGGCUGAUUAAUGAGAGGAAAGAGAAUGCUCAAAAACUGGUCGGAACUCAGAGCGAUGCCAUCUGCCAGAUCUGUCAGAAGACCAAAUUCGCUGAUGGAAUUGGCCACAAAUGCUUCUAUUGUCAACUACGAUCGUGUGCGAGAUGUGGGGGCAAAACUACGAGUAAAAAUAAGGUCAGUAGAGAUGAGCCGUCCCCUUUCUAUUGAGCUCUCAAAUAAAUAUAAAUUGAAUAUGAUUUUAGAGUAUUUGGGCAUGCUCGACUUGCCAAAAAAGGCAGCAGAUCUUGGCCAAGACAGGGAAAUGGUUCCAAUCAAAUCAACCGUAAGAUUUUAAUUAGCGAUUACUAAAUAAUUAUCACUGUUUUGAUGCCUAAUCAGCCAAUAUGACUUUAGUGAGGGGCAAGGUGAAGACAUAUCUGAUAGUCAAAGUUACGAUGAUCCGACUGGUGGAAUGUCUCAAACUAUUAAUGGAGAUGGUUCCAAAUUAAACGGCACUCAGCCAGAAGGCAAUGGUGACCUACCACGACAGCCAUCGACAGAAGUAAGUAAAUAUUUGAUGCUUUAACGGGCAAUUGUAAUGUAAUCCUAUUCUUCUUGAUGUUUGUCAGAAACAUAAACCCCAAUGUUGAAAGAGAUACCGCAUUACAUGUAAGGACCAGAUUUACUCUGUUUUUAGUAGAUUUGUGGAAGUCACGGGUCAUUGGUCAUUUUGCCCCAAUUCCUUUGCGAUCCCCAUUUUGGGCCAUAAUCAAAUUAGAAAAACAAAAAAAACAAAACUCCGUUCCCGUGGAGCGUUCCCUCCCCUUCCGGUUUCCCUGGGCCCUUUCUGGACCGGCAUCUUGUCUAAUCUCAUUGGGUUUUAAGGGCCAUCUUUUUGCCUUGUUUUGAGUGGGCGCCUCAAAAGGGUCGUUUUCCCGUCGACCGGCUCAUAAACGCUUGCGGAUAACACUUCUCUUAUUCGAUUACAGAAAGCGCCCAGCCCGGUGUCGAUCGCUCCCCAGGGACCCGCAAAUGUGGCCAAUAAACAGGCUCAGCCCAUCGUCAGCCAGCCCUCAACUUCAGCCCAGAUGAGGCCCCAACCCAUGCCCAGUCCGGCCUCUUCGGCUAGCCAAUCUCGGAAGCUCUCAGGCCAGCAACAACCUCAUCAUCCGCCAGUCCGACAACCCUCGGCGCCUCAGCCACAACCACGACUGUAAGUUUUUCAUUUAAAUGGUUUACAGUAUUAAUCAGAUUAAUCGUUGGCCCUUUUUUCUGACCGCCAAAUCCAACAAGUUUUGUCUUUUUGCUUUUCUUGCCGGUUAUAGACGUGGUUGAGCGGGGUAUGGAUUACGAUUGGAUUAUUUUUCCUGCGUAUGUAUAAGCUUUUAGGGUAAUCGAUGGCAUAGAUUUCCAAAAUCAUGCUACUUUUUCCUGAUUUUUUUCUUUUUUUGCGUUUACUGUGAUGUAAUAAUUUUUUAGUAUUAAAAAAAUACACGACAUGGGUUUUUUUUGGUAUUUACAUUUUUAAUGACAGGGUAAUGUAAAAAAAUUACAUUUUUAUAAAAAAUUCGCCAAAAAAUUCAUAAAAUUUCUACUUAAGAAAAAAUGUAAAAAUCAGAAAAAAGGAUGUCAUCUUCAAAAUCAGCGCCAUCGAAAGCUCGUAAAUCGAGAAUUUGUAGGGAAAUCAGAAAAUUACUACUCUACAGUACUACUUAAAAAAAGUGAAAGUCAGAAAAAAUUAACAUGAUUUUUGAAAUCUACGCCAUCGAUUACCUUAAUUUCGACACUGAUAAGCAGGAAAAAAAGUAUUUUUCAGUUCCCCGUCAUUUUGGUUGAGUUAAAUAUGUAUUACGCAUCUUUCAUAAGGAACUGCACCAACAACCCCCGUUUUAUUGAAAGACAAUAAGUAUGAGUCAGACAAGUCCAUGAAUUGUGGAACUAGUCUCUUCUAAAAUAAAUGGGCCUCCACAAUAUCCAUAGUGACUAAAGACGUGACCAAUUUAUGCCUUAGGUCGUCGUAUGAUCGUAUAAACUAGGUGCCUCUAAAAAGCGUAAUAUUAUGAUCAAUGAACUCACAAAGGCAAAUUAAAACCGACAGUCUACGCUUUAAUUCAAUUCCUAUCUUUUAAUUUUAUCUUAUUCAUGAACAUUUCUCUGCCCGAGGGCGUUUAAGAAUUCUGGAAGGAGAGAUCUUACCCUUCCUCCGGGUUUCUCACUUUCCUCUUUAACUCAAAUCCAUCCGUUUGCAGCACGCAACCCUCUUCUCAACAACGUCGGCCUUCGGCUGAGAAUCGGAACACUUCCGCGCCUUCAAACGUCGGGCCGAGUUCGCGUCUCCGUGGCGAUCCCACGUCGACCGUCGACACCAGAGUUCAAACGGCGGGAGAUCAGAAACACAGCACUGUAACAGGACCUGGAGCUCAAAAAAAGGGAUCUAGAAUGGAGAGAACAGGUAAAAAAUUAAUUUCAAUUGUUGUACUAGAGUGCUAGUGAUGCUCCCACAAGAGCAUAGAACAAUUAGUCUCAAAUGCUCUCGGCCAGGCCAGGGUUCCUAAUUUAACGCCCUCCUUCGCCUUCAUUUUGGGGGCACAAAAACAAAUCUUCCGCUCUUUGAAGUCAAUUACCUACUCUAUUUUUUACCAUCCCAUUGACGUAUUUAUACGCAUACGUUUGGGGGGAACGUUCUCUGUUAACACCAUUUAUUCCACGUCCCUUUCUACGGGGUUUUUUCAUUUCCAGAGCCGCCGACGACCGUUCCGAACGUUCCGCAAGUCCCUCCAGUACCUUUGGGAACGGAGACGAGGCCGCAGAAACCGCUUGGCCCCACUGUUUUGCAUGGCGGUUCCCGAGUUCGACGCAAUAAAUUGUCCAGGUUGGUUUCUUAAAGCCAAUGCUCCUGGCCGGCAUAAAGGAAUUAAAGGGCAUACAGGUGGAAUAACUCAUCGGAAAGCCCAUUGAUUUGUUUUACUCUCUUUAAUUACGUUCUUUAGGCAAAUCAGGUCUUUGUCAUCAAGUGAGGACGACGAAGGAGUUUCAUCUACCACAAGACGUCAUUCAGUAAUCGAGCCAGACUUUUCAGAGAAGGGUAAGUCAAAAGUUAUUAGAGUAAUUAGGAAUGACAUUAUUUUUUUACUCAUUUUCUAUUUUCAGAACUGUUGAAAUACAUCUACGGGAAAACAAGAUUCAAUAAAAACAACCCUCAAGGUAAGGUAUUUUUUCAAAAUAAAUGACGACAACUCAUUCAGCCUUAAACACGACAUCCCUUCCCGGUUCCCGAUUGGGUCUUUAUGAGAUCCAGUCGACAUCAACGCCAGCUCUAAACCAGUUCACAGCAGGAAUGAAUAGCGAGGCGGUUAACUCUUUGGCUACCAGGAUAAGGUAUUUCUUGCAACAACCAGUGUCCUGGCAACCGUCCGCGGACCAACGCCGACUCAUUGGCCAUAUCGUGCUACAUCGACCAGACGAGGAUUCUGGCGAUUUGGGAUUAAAAGUAAUCGGAGGAAGACACUCAUCGACAGGUCGGCUAGGCGCUUUCAUAACUGCAGUUAAACAAAAUUCUGUUGCUGAUUACGUUGGACAACUCAGGCCAGGGGAUGAAGUUUUAGAAUGGAAUGGAGAAACGCUUCAGAAUCUAACUCACGAAGGUGUUUACCACAUUAUCAACAGUUCAAAACACAGUCCCAAAGUCGAACUCAUCGUGUCCCGACCAGUUUAUCCUGGUAACGAUGACUUCCUCAAUGUUAGUAGAAAGGUUCUUCCCACCAUUCCCCAUGCAUCUCCUGUCGCGUUCUCUGAUUAUGGGCCUCCAAGUAAGUAAUUGAUUUACAAUUGUAAUCAACUGAUUCUUUAAGGUGGAUCUCCAUGUCCUAACAUUCCCGAUUAUUAUCGCAUACCUCAUUCCAAGUCCAUGUUAACUCACAAUCCCAUUUAUCCCAUAGAAUAUGAUCCUGGUAAGUCACCUAUGACAUCAUAAUAUUCUCUCUAUAUCAUUCGCAGAGAUGCAAACGCCUUUACGAGCCCGGGUCCCUUAUGACAAGCCUGUUCCUGCGGGUCAAUUGUUCGGCAAGAUUGAAGUCUCCCUUCUUUACCUCAACCAUGAACAAGAACUGGUGGUCACUGUAUAUCAUGCUAUUGACCUUCCUCCUCGACCAUCGGGAGCUCCCAGAAAUCCAUUUGUGAAGCUAUUCCUUCUCCCAGACAGAAGCGAGGAGAGUAGACGACAAUCUAAGGUCAUUUAUGAGAGCCUCAAUCCUUCGUGGAAUGAAUGUUUCUAUUAUUAUGGACUCUCGGCUCCAGAACUCUCGAUGCGAUGUCUGGAGUUGACAGUCUGGGACUUUGAUCAAUAUAAUGGACACGACUUUUUGGGCGAGACGGUCAUCGAUCUAAGUGAUAUCCUGCUAGAUAAUCAACAUUUCUCAUAUCCACUUGUCGAUAUGGAUGAUGAAAAUCCAAUUAAAAUGGUAAGUAAACAAUAAAUACCUUAAGAGGGUGCUAUUCAAAAUCUUCGAUUUUAGCGGAUACGAAGAUCGAAAGUCGCAGGUUACCCCCAGGGGAGGUAUCGCUCUCACUCAGCCAACCAUGAUGACGUCAGUCGAAGAAGGGGAGACUACGAUUACCUUCAAAUGACAGGUGCUCAGUAUGCUCAUCCUCGAGAAUUUGUGGAUGAACAAAUUGAAGGACGAAGAAGGAAAGAUCGCCGAGACUAUCCAGAAUUUAACAACGGAUAUGCUUCUGAUUAUGGUCAAUACUCAAGGGUACCUCCGGCACACAGCCGAAGACCCAAAUCUGCGACAGGAUUCAGACAUGGUGAGCUCAUCUCCCUAUUAUUACCUUUAUGACAUUUAGUGCACGAAUACGAAGCUAGGAAUGCUUAUCGAAGUCAGCCCAUCCAUGAAGAAGGUCCUUAUUCCCAAUAUCCAGAUGCAGAUCUACCACCAGAACCUCCAGAACAGCCCCCAAUUCCGCGACAUCAGAAUUACCAAAAGUAUCAAGAGGGAUCUGAACAACAGUACAAGAAUCGACAGUGCGAGACGGUGAUGGAACAGAGUGCCGCUGGCUACGGAUCGGAUGGAUCAGAAACAUUGAGUGCAAACUCUGCUCAAAGUAUGCAAAAGAAACGGGAAGAGCAAUCGAGAGAACAACAAAAUAAUUAUGAUACACAGGAGAUCCCAUCUUAUUCCCCAAGGCAUCAUUUCUACGAUAAUCAUGCCGCUUACAAUCCGCCAAGAGGAGCCAACGGAAGAACUGUAAGGAUGGAUAUGAGGGGUCUGAAUGAUGUAGAUGAAAAUGGUGAUAUUAAUGGAGCUGAGGAGAGAGUAAGGAGUAAUGGAGGAGUAAAUCUUCAAGCGCAAGCCAACAAUAAUUUGGCCAUGAAAGAGAGGAAAAAGAGUUUGAUGACAAGACUGAUUCCUGGAAGAAACGCUCCCAAUGGUAAGCAAAUAACUAAACUAAUACCUUCAAUUAUAACUGCGAAAAAUAAGCAAGGAAAGUGCGACGCUUACGACUACGCAAAACGUGGAGAGCGGUCAGAGAGAAAGACACUUUUUGGCCGUAACUUUGCUAGUUUCGCUCUAAGAAUUUUUUUCUGUAAACGUUACCCUCUAAGUUACGAGUAUGUAUGAAACAUUUUGUGCCGAAUUUCGCGAAAAAAUUUUUUAAAAUGUGUACCAAGGUUUAUCGAAAUCCGGGCGUCGCACCUCGGGUACUUCUCCUGUGAAAUGAUACAUAUUUCCAGAUGCUAAACGAACUGGUUUUGCUCGAUCGGAAGAGGUGGGAAUCCCAGGGUCUUUAAACAACCCAAACGGUGAUAUUACUGGUGUUCCCUUCACAAAACAGUCAAGUAAAGAUUCCACCGACUCAUCUGAUAAGUAAGUCACGCAUAAACUGCUAUAUUCUCCUUUAGUUGGCAACCUCUUAUGCCCGACGCUAUGCUUGGUCAUUUUAUGGAGGAUCUAGGGCCCGGUCAAGUAGUUGGCCGUCAAGUUCUGGCAAGUCCAGUUCUGGGAGAAAUAGAAAUCGGCCUUGGAAUCAGCGGUGGGUGUCUGAUUGUAGAUGUUAUAAGGGCCAAAAAUUUGGUCAUUCGACCAGGAUCAAAACUAAAUCCAGGUAAUUAUUGGACUUCAAGGGGCCCAUCUAACGAACCAUGCUUAUAGCGCCUUAUGUGAAAGUAUAUCUGAUGCAAGGAAAACAUUGCAUGGCCAAAGCCAAAACACAAACAGCCAGGAAAACAACGGCACCGUUGUUCAACCAACAACUCUCAUUUGCCGAGAGUUUCAAACACAAAAUGCUUCAGGUAAUAAUAAAUUAUUAUGCAGCAUAUUAUACUUGAAUGUGAGAAGUGCAAAAGUUUUGGACAUUCACAUUAAUCCACAUUCUACAUCAGCAAUAUUGGAAAUAAACUUGUUAUUUUAGGUUACGGUCCUCGGUGACUACGGCCGAAUGGAAAGAAAGGCCAAUAUGGGAUGCGUUCUCAUCCGGUUGGACGACUUGAACCUGAUGCAACAGCCAGUGAAGAGCUGGUACAAACUCUUCCACAAUAAUUCUAUUAUGGGUGCAGCUCCAGUGCGCAAAGAUUCGGAGACUUCGAUCGCCGAAAUGUGA